AUGACCGUCCCACCCCCAGCGGGAGAGGUCCUCCUCAUCCCCAAAACCUUUUCCUCUCCCCGGAACUUGGACGAGGUAGCAGAUAGAUAUAAAAAUCUACGACUGCAUGGUCUCCUGGUCGAUCCGAAAUCAUUCAGCUCAACCUAUGAGACCGAAUCCCAAUUUUCUCCCGCAACAUGGCGAGCCCGCCUUCAGAACCCGGCGGGCAAUACAUUCGUCUCUGUCAUCAACCCUGAAACGAAAUGUGGUGUCGGGAGUGAUACUGUGUCAUCUCCGCCCGAGGAUUCGGAUACAUUGCAACGGCUACUGGGGAAAGAUUGGGUCGGUAUUGUCACACUGCUCGGCCCAGUCCUGUUAUCUAAACCAAAUGCCGAAAAAGAGACAAUACCCGCCAAGCCAUGGGACGUCUUUUUGAAAGAUGGAGUCUAUAAUAUCCCUCAUUCUAGUCCGAGUGGAGAUAUCACUGACUCGAAUGUUGUUUAUCUGGUUGUUGCCAUGUUUGUCUUGCCUGAGGCUAGACGAAGGGGACAUGCUUAUCGAUUGCUUGAAACUUUAAUCCAGACUGUUCGGGACGAUGCUCAUGCUCGUGGAGUUUCCCAGGCAAGCAUAACAAUUCAGGUUGAACCUGAAAAUGACACUGCGCAGCGGUUGUAUGAAAAGUUAGGUUUUGAGGUGUGGGAUAAGGCGGUUCCAAUCCAAAACAAGAGGGGAGAGACAUCACAAGCUAUUUCAUUAGUGAUGGAGAUUGAUAUUUAG